GUUCAUUGUUUGAUCCGCUUAAUUAGUUUCUGUCUUUCCUUCAAAUUUCUGAUUUCAACCCGCCGGCCCGCCCCCUUUCAAUUCUUCCAAGAGUUAGGAUAUUUUGUGAGCUCUUUCCUGUGCUUUAUCAACGCAUUCUAUCGGCGACGGAGUUACAUGGUUCGAAAGGGAUUUAUUUGAACCAAUUUGCAAUGAAAUGGUUCUAAGGCAUUGGCUCAAAAAUUGCUUUAGGUCGCAGAUACUAAUCCCAAGUAUAGUAUUCUUGUAUUUUUUCUGAACUGCCACUGCAGUUUGAGGUUUUCCUAACUUGUUCUAUCCAUGGGGGAGUGGGUAAUUGCAGCCAUUAUCAAUUUAUUAGGAAGCAUUAUCAUUAACUUUGGAACCAACCUCCUUAAAUUAGGCCACGAUGAGAGAAAAAGGCAUUCUAUGAAUGUAAAGCCUACGAUGAAUAAGCCCAUUAUAUACUUCCAAACAUGGAGAGUUGGUAUUCUAUUCUUUGCAAUAGGAAAUUGUCUCAAUUUCAUUUCAUUUGGAUAUGCUGCUCAAUCACUUCUAGCAGCUUUGGGAUCUAUACAAUUUGUCUCUAACAUCGUUUUCGCCUACUUUCUUUCGAACAAAACAGUGACAAUCAAAAUAGUGUUAGCCACUGCUUUUAUUGUUGUUGGUAACAUAUUCCUUGUAGCCUUUGGCAACCACCAGUCCCCUGUUUAUAUGCCAGAGCAAUUGGCUGAAAAUUACACAAACACUACAUUUCUUCUUUACUGUUUCACUUUGGUAUUGGUUGUUGUAUUACAUCAUUCAAUUUACAAGAGAGGAGAAGGGCAAAUGCUGGUUCCAUUUUCAUAUGCAGUUGUUUCAGGUGCUAUUGGAUCAUGUUCAGUAUUGUUUGCUAAGUCUCUUUCAAACAUGUUAAGAUUGUCAAUGUCAACAAGUGGUGGUUAUGCAAUAUUGCAAAACAGGUUCACGUAUUCGAUGCUUCUGAUGUUUCUAAGUACAGGUGGAUUUUGGAUGGCGAGGUUAAACGAAGGACUUUCGCGCUUUGAUGCUAUACUUAUUGUCCCUAUGUUUCAAAUAGCUUGGACUUUUUUCUCCAUUUGUACUGGUUUUGUCUACUUUGAGGAAUACAAGGUGUUUGAUGCUUUGAGAACAACAAUGUUCAUUCUUGGAAUGAUUUCUGUGUUUGUUGGCAUUUAUUUGCUAGCACCUGAAGAUGAUGAAUCAUAUUCAAAAGGAGGUGAAAUACUGAAGGAUGACAAGAGGCUGUUCAUGCCAUCUCAAGACACCCAAAUUAAGGAUAUAGAGAUCAUUUGGACAAGUUUUGGUGAUGAAAACUGCUAAUAUGAUUGGAGCAAUUUCUCAUUUGAAGACAAUUGUGUCACGUAGGCGCAACCACGAUUUCAUCGUGAUGUGUUCUCAAUUUUAGAACGACGAUUUUAAGGGUUCUUAAUUUAAUAUUUGUACAUAUUUAAUGAAUUUUUCAAUACAAAUACAUUAUUUGAACAAAAGCUACGGGGUUUGGCCGAACGCGUAGACGGGCUUCUAGCUCUGCCCCCGGAUGGUGGGACAAUUUUGGAGGCAACUGCAAUGCUGCACCAGGGUAUCAACUUAGACUAUGAGGAGGGUGACAUUAGUUUGUGGUGACGGACAUGAGAAUGCUUGGCACGAGCAAGAAGGGCUUA